AAGAUGUUCGAAUGCGGCACCUGCAUCAAAGUCUUUCCAGCAGGAUGGCGAGCCCGCGAGAACCACUGCAACGCUACCGGCCACCGACGACCCCUCUUUGAAUGCGAUACCUGCUUCAGAGUCUGUGCCUCGGAGAGUGCGCGUCGCCAGCAUAUGAAGGACAAGAAUCACUUCAAAUGGGAGUGCGACCACUGUGUUGAAACUUGGCCGACAGAGGACGCCCUGAAGAGCCAUGAGAUUGACGAUCACCUCUACUGUGCUGACUGCGAUCGUCAUUUUAACAAUGACAACAACAUCAGGAUGCAUCUGAGGUCUCGCAUACACCAAGGCACCGAUAUCGUCUGUCCCUUCUGCAAGACACGUUUCACCACUGCCACCGGUCUCUGCCAUCAUCUAGAGCGUGGUGCCUGCCCCAACGCCCCAGACCUCGACCGAGACACGAUCUACAUGACGGUCAGACGUCUUGACCCAGAUGGCGUCAUCUCCAAAAAGCUUAUUGGGUGGCAUGGCUCGGACAAGUACGAGGCAACCGGCCGAGCGUGGAAUGGCUAUGCUUGGGCUUGCUAUCUCUGCCAGAGGACAUUCAAGACAUGCGACAGUCUCAACCAACACCUGAAUUCUCCUGUUCAUCAGCAAGCUCUAUACCAUUGUCCAAAGUGCCGAAGGGAAUACACGACCCUGGCUGGCAUCAUUAAUCAUCUGGAGAGUGAGAGCUGUGGUUUCAUGAGGUUCGAGACUGUUCAGCGGAACAUUGACGGCCUAGUCCGCGGCAAUCGGCUCCUCGGGUUCUGAGGUGUGAGCAGAAAGCAUGCUUCCCAAAGCUAGAAUGUGCUUAGUCAAGGAAUCUGUGACAAUAAUCACGU